CUGUGAUGAGGGAGCUGACUUCCUGCCCUCUCCCUAUCCCGUCCUUGUUUUGCCAAGUUAGCAAAGUUUUGCAGAACUUGCAGAAGUGCGAGUGCAGCAGCAGAAGAGGCAGCGACAGCUAUACCCCAGCUCACUCACCCUCCAUGUACUGACCAGGAGCAUAGUUCCAGGGGGCAAUGUGUCACCAGGGAGCCCCCACACCUGGCCUCAGCAUCCUAAGGGGGCAGAUGGGGCUAUAAAGCUCCUUACAUUGUUUGGAGCAAGACACCCCCACCCCAGGGCGCCUGCAGCACUGUUACCCAUAAGCCAGAUCUGGGGCUCUGCUGCCUCCCUGACAGCAUGAUGAAGAAACCAGACCUAAAGAUUGUGCUUCUGGGGGACAUGAACGUGGGGAAAACCUCCCUCCUGCACCGGUACAUGGAAAGGCGGUUCCAGGACACAGUCAGCACAGUUGGGGGGGCUUUCUACCUUAAGCAGUGGGGACCCUACAACAUCUCCAUUUGGGACACUGCAGGAAGGGAACAGUUUCAUGGCCUGGGUUCUAUGUACUGCAGGUCAGCUUCUGCCAUCAUCCUGACCUAUGAUGUUAGUAAUAUGCAGAGUCUCCUGGAACUUGAAGAACGAUUCCUGGGCCUAACAGACACAGCCAGUGACGACUGCAUCUUCGUUGUGGUAGGGAACAAAAUUGACCUCACUGAAGAUUGUGAAGCAGAAAAUGAUUUAGAAGUAGAUAGGCCUCGUAGCUCCAGUACUUCCAAGGUACGCAAACAAGUUACCAAAGAAGAUGCGAUUGCCUUAUAUAAGCGGAUCAUGAAAUAUAGAAUGGUGGAUGACAGUCAUGCUCCAGCUGCAGAGAAGAUGUGUUUUGAAAGCAGCGCCAAAACUGGAUACAAUGUUGAUGUCUUGUUUGAAAGUGUUUUUAACAUGGUCAUUCCAUUGAUUGUUAAAAAGAGAGCCAAUGAACCAUAUGACACCGUCAAUCUUGCACAAAUCAGUCGGGAAAAACAGACUAAAAAGGGCUGCUGUUAGCUUUUUGCACUUCUCUAUCCCAGGGUAAUUUAGAUAGCCAUUGACACUGGCUAGUAGAUGGAAUUGAUUUGCGCCUGUCACACCAUGCCACAAUCAAAUAGAAACAAAUUGGAACAAACCGGAUUUUGCACAACCUUUAGGAGCACAACAUUGUAAGCAUACCUGAGUUACUACCUAGUCUCUGUUAUAUAUCCCUGCAGUGAGGUGCCCGCUACGGUUUGUCAAGUCAUACGUUGCCAAGGGACUGCAGCUUUUUAGUACAUUUAUUUAUAACAUUCGACACAAUUCCACUACCUAACAAUGUUUUUUUUAUUAUGCUAGUGUGUCGUGCACUUGGAAAAAUUUUGUAUAUCAAUAUUUGUAUGUAAUUACAGUUUUUUUUGUAUUUUUGAUCAAAUUUAUAAUAUGUAUAAUAAUUACUUUAAAAAAGUCUGGUGGCUUAGGCUGUCCCGGAUAAACCUGCCCAUUUCUGUAUGUGCUUUAUCAUGAAUAAUACAAAUAUGUAGUUUAUUAUGUCAUGUAAUUUAUGAUCAUUACUGACAAGUGAUUUAUCACUAAUCCUGUAUCAAUUACUGAUCUUACAUUAAAUUCACAAAGAAGAACUUUA